AUGCCCAUCCCUCCACUCGAAUCUGAAAGUGCACCAUCAUGCCACCAUACCAAGCCACACGAAGAUGCUGUUGGACGGGUUCCAUUAGAAUGCAAGGCAACUGAGCCAUACUCCGUAGUCCGCAGGAGAGAAGCCUGGCCUAAGUGGUGCCAGCUGGUUGCACAGGCGACCACUCAAGCCCUUAUCCCACACAAUUACCCUGUUCUGGCCUAG